AUGACUGGUAACAAUCGCAGGAACUCAGCUACCCGUACACCUAUGACCAAGUCUCCAUCGCCCGUCGCUUCUAAGCGACGACGGAUUCGGACUGAAGCGCAACUGAACCAAAAGAGAAAGGCGGAUCGAGUCAAGCACAAAGAGAACCGCGACGAGCACAAGGCACGAAUGGAGCGUAUGGAGGGAGACAUUGCGCAAAUCUUCAAGAACCUCGACGAUAUCUCGACACAGCUGCGCGCUAUUCCUCAGCUUGGGGCGAGCUUUGUCGCGUCUCAGCAGCGAUGGCUGCAGGUUCUCAUUGCCAACAUGAGCCUCGGAGGAGCAUCAGCCGCAUUUGCCGUUCCCAGUGAGGCCCUUGAUCUUGAGCUCCUGGUUCGCAACCCAGCCAUCCCGAUGCAAUGGUCGCCCGGAUCUGCCGCCAGAAACGCGAGCCCCCGGCCGUUGUAUCCAGAUAUAGAGCAACCCCUGCCAGCGCUGGGACCGAUAUUGCUCCCGCCCGUGCUGUCGAGCCCGCCCGUCAAAUGUUGGUGUGGAGUCGAGCACUUUUCUCAAUCCAACUGCUUGGAGUACCACAGCUUCACCAUCCUCUACGAGACCCAUGCUGCCUUUCCCCAUGAUCCACACCAAGCCCGAUCCCUUCCCCGGAAUCCAUCCCUACCAAAUCUGUCGCUCCACUCCCAUGGAGAUAAUGUGGUUGUACGCUUCCUCACCUCGUUCCUCAAGGGGUUUACAAUGGCCGGCGUGGAGACGCUGUUUGGGGUCUACUUUUUUGCAUAUCGGCUCAUGCGGUGGCGGUUAUACCCGGAUUCCAUCACGCGGCAGGAUGUUCCAGCCUGGCUUCUUCCCACAAAGGUGCAAGACACGUGUCCCCAUCCAGUCAGUAUUGACUACAUCCCGUGGCCCGAUCUCCGAGACUUUCUGUGCACCCACCAAAGGCUAGAGUCCGGUCACUCUGUGAAGCUGUACUUGGAGUCCCUUCGGCUCCGGUGGCCAGUUGGCUGUCCACUGCUUGCUGUGAAUGGCGAAGGCCUCGUGGACGUAAGUCCGGAAUUCGAGGCAGCCGUAUUCGACCUUGGCAACUGGAGUCUGAGCCCUGAAUGGGAGGAUGCAUUUCCUAGAUUAGUGUCACUCGUCCACUCCUAA